AUGGAGUUCACAGAUUUGUUGUACCACCAUGCUCUUGCGUUUGAAGAUGCUGCAUUAUUCUAUUAUGACAAAGACGAAUUACAAAAUUUGCACCAGACCCUCAAUAAUAUGGUGAAUAGUCUUCGCAACGGAGGCAAGCUUAUAUUCGUAGGAUGCGGAAAAUCAUACAAAAUAAUAUGCAAGACGGUAGCAAUGUUAACUUCGAUGGGGAUUCCUGCGCGAGAUUUGCAUCCCAUUGAAGCAAUGCACGGUGAUAUGGGGUGCUGCCAACCGAACGAUUCGCUGAUAUUUUGUUCCACCUCUGGAGAAACUGAUGAAGUAUUAAAUCUACUACGAUAUUUGAAAGCCGGAGGAAGUUACUGGGAAAAGUGCAUUAGGAUAGCAGUAACUGGUAACCGCAAUUCCACAUUAGCAACACAUUGCCAACACACCAUAGUGGUACCUCAAGCAGAUAGGUUCAAAGAACCUAAAUUCCAAAGAGGUCUACGUGCACCAACGAUAUCGACAUCAUUGAUGGUUACUGUCUUAGACUGUAUAUGCAUUGAAAUAAGCAAAGCAUGGUUUGGCAACGAUCCGGUGAAACGUGAAAUAUUUUUCAAUGAGAGACACCCAGGCGGAGGUAUAGGUAAAAUCACUUCUUCUACAAAUCUGACGCAAUUGGUACGGGCACCAACCGAUUAUCAAACACCACAGUAUCACUCUUACAUGGUUAAGAGGAACGAGACGUUAACAGAGACUCAGUUUCUUUCGCUCCUAAUAACUUUCGAUUACAUACAAUUCUCGCCUAAAAACGUCAGGGUCCCAACGUGUCUCUUACGUGAGGAACACAAGCGCGCAGUCCACUCAGGAACUGUUCCUGAAUGGUUUCGCAGGUAUUUGUAA